UCCUUGCGGGUAGUGAACUCUGUGGCGGAAGUGCUGCCUGUGAGUGUCGUGGUUAACCUGUCUGUGUGAAUCCGGUAACAACAAUCGAUGGACUUCGGCUGCUCGCCGCUAACUCUGCGCUUUAUUUAACAGCAGUGUCGAAUCAUCGGCGGUUCUGAUGUUUAGGCUCCUCUUCUCUGCUUCCCUGCGUUGAGUCCAAUAUGGCGGGUGUUUUUUUUUAAGAGAUCGCGCUCUCAAUAGCGUGGAGCCUUAAGGCUUUGAUCAAUGUGAGCAUCAUGGUAAAAGACUGACUACAGCUUGGACUGAUAGCACUCGGCCACGAAUCAUAAUUUUUCAAUAACCGGUCAGGAAGCGGAUAGCGUGGCGACGGCGUUGUGGUGCUGGGGCAGCAGACUUAUGGAGGGUGACUGUCGGAUCCCCGUCGCCUGCUGCCGCCCACGCGUCCUUGUACUGCAUGCCCUGUUCUGGGGUCUUGUGUCACUCAGGGUGUUCGGAGCAGCUCUGCUGAGUGAGGAGAAAUCUAUAGGAACAGUUACAGCAGUUAAGCCUGAGGCCGCCCCCUGCU